UACACUGAUCAUCAGUGUGGCCCCAGAAGUGCCACCUGCCAGUGCUCAUCAGUGCCACGUGCCAGUUCCCAUCAGUGCCAUAUCAAUGCCACAUAUCAGUGCCCAUCUGAGCUGCCUUUAAGUGUCACCCAUCAGUGCCAUCAGUGCCGCCUAUCAGUGCCAGUCAGUGCCAACUAUCAGUGCCAUAUAUCAGUGUCAUGUAUCAGUGCUGCCUUUCAGUGCCCAUCAGUGAUGUCUGUCAAUGCCCAUCAGUGCAACCUACCAGUGCCUCCUCAUCAGUGCCCAUCAGUGCCACUUAUCAGUGUCCAUCAGUGCAACCUAUCAGUGGCCAUCACUGCAGCCUCAUUAGCGCACAUCAGU